ACCAAAAUACACAAAGGCCGAGUCCCAAGUAGCUACAUGUUCUCUAUAUGAGUGCACUAUUAAGGGUAUGAAAAUGGCGGAAGCUACACCCUACAUAGUGCACUACGUGUCUGUUUGGGAUUGAGCCAAGCUAAAGAAAGCGUGAAAGAAGAGGUGAAGGAGUGAAGAGGUAGAUUUCUGUGUAUUUCUGUAUGGAAUGUCAGGGGAGAGUCGCAGUGUCCGUCUUCACUGAUGUGGACAAGGAGCUUUUCAGAAAGGAGAUCUACCCUCUGAGAAAACCGGCGGUGCUCAAGGGAGUGCCUUUAGGACCAUGCCUGGAAAAAUGGACCGUGGAUUACCUGGCAGCAAAGGGAGGUGACCGGGAGGUCAAAGUUCAUGUGUCGUCUGUUCCUCAGAUGGACUUUCUGCAUAAAAAUUUCAUAUACAGGACAUUACCGUUUGACAAGUUUGUCCAGAGAGCUGCAGCAGAAGCAGAGCAUGAAGAGUUCUUCAUUAGUAAGGAUGAGAGUUACUACUUAAGAUCGCUCGGAGAGGACGCUCGUAAGGAGCCUGCUGACCUGAAGAAGCAGUUCCCUGACCUGGCACAAGACUUCCAUAUACCUCCGUUUUUUGAGCCUGAACGAUUUUUCUCCAGUGUUUUCCGCAUCAGCUCACCUGGCUUGCAGCUAUGGACACACUACGACGUAAUGGACAACCUGCUGGCUCAGGUGACUGGGAGAAAGCGUGUCGUUCUCUACAGCCCCCAAGAUGCCUUACACCUGUAUCUGUCAGGUGAUAAGUCUGAAGUUUUGGAUGUCGAUUCUCCAGAUUUGGAACGAUAUCCAAAUUUUGUGAAAGCAUGUCGAUAUGAGUGUAUUUUAGAACCAGGCGACCUGCUCUUCAUCCCAGCCCUUUGGUUUCACAAUACAUUGGCUCUUCAGUUCGGCAUUGGCGUCAAUGUGUUCUGGCGCCACCUGCCCCUGGACAGCUACGAUAAGAAGGACCCGUACGGGAACAAGGACCCGGUGGCAGCGACGCGGGCCCUUCAGGCCCUGGAGCGGGCGCUGGGAGCUCUGGAUGAGCUGCCAGCUGAAUACCAGGACUUUUACGCUCGCCGCAUGGUGCUGCGUAUUCAAAGCCGGGCGUACUCCAAAGAAACAUAACACAAGAGUGCAGCUGGGUUCUCUCACCUACAGUAAUGUACCAGACGAAAAAUAAAGACAGAGACUACAGUUGCUGAUCAUGAUUGUAUAUGGGACAUUUUAUUAAAGUCACCGUGAUCCCUGAGGAAAAAGAAAACUUUGUGAAGUUGUUUGUCGUUUGUCUGUCAUUGCAGAUACAUAUUUAUACAUGGUAGAGGUCUGCACUGGACUGUUUUUGUUUUUGCCCCCUCCUUUUUGCCUCCUUGGUAAAGCCAAGCAAGUUUAUUUAGGAUUGUAAUUUUCACCCUUUAAAUUUUCGCUUUUUAAAUAAGGUGGCACCGUGUGUUCCAUGCCAGGGCAGUAUAGUGACCGACAAAGCUCUGAGACAUUGAGACUGACACGCCUGUUGACAUAAAUAUCUAUCAUGUCACAUUACUAUCUAUAAUGUGUUAUACAGUACUGAGGAACAAACUUAGACACAUGCAAGGAAAUGCUGUAAAGUAAAGAUGCCUUCAAAAUAAUACAGUUUCUCCAUAAGCAGCAAAGAAAAUACUAUAAAAGGCAGUAAACAGUACAAAAAAAA